AUGACCGUGGCGGCAAGAAGAGAGAAGCUGCUGCGUCAGUUCAUCGCCCGAGACGUCGAGACCGAGUACGGUAGAACACAUCACCUGGGCGACAUCAAGAAUCUGGCUGAUCUGCAGACGAAACAUCCCUUGACUUCCUAUUACCAUUACAAGGAGUACGUACAAAGGUUAGCGGACGGUGAACAAGGCGUCUUCUUGGGGAAGAAGACUGUCAGAUUUGGUGUCACCAGUGGUACUACAGGAGCCGGUAAACUGAUUCCCAUCAUUGCUUCGCGACCUCUCUGUAUUUCGCAUAUUUUGUAUGAAUUGAGCUUUGCAGCCAAUGAAAGCUUCGGCAAGCCGAGUCCGCUACAGCGCAUGUGCCUGUUGUACUGCAAACCCACAUUGAAUUGUACCAAAUCGGGUCACUAUGUCGCACCUCUGCUCUACUUGCCCGACGACCCGGGUAUAAUACACAUGAGUAACACAUCAUCAGCGGGAUUCCAGCUGUCCACCGACUUCGAGGCAAACUACGUCCACCUUCUCUUUGCCCUUCUCGACAAGCACCUCGGUCUCUCCCUCUCCCCCUUCACCACGCUGAUUUUCCGGGCAAUGAAAGUGAUCGAAGACAACUGGCAGACCAUGCUUGAUGACACCACAAAAGGCAGGAUCAACCCAGAUCUCGCGAUUUCAGACAGAAUUCGGUGCGACUUGAACGCUGCCCUUACUCCGAAUCCGGUCAUAGGUGGUGAACUCCGCGCAGAAUUUUCCAAGGGUUUCGUUGGAAUUGUCCAGUAUUGGCCACACAUCAAGUUCAUAUUUUCCGUAGACUUGGCCGGUUUCCGGGAGAAGUUGGAAAAGACUUACGCAAAAGGGACACCAAUUUACUUGGGUACAUAUAUGUGUACAGAGACGUUUGUAGCAGCAAGUCUGUGGCCCGCGAUCCGCAGCCAAAAUAUUGCUUACUGCUCCACGAAAACAUCUUUGAGUUUAUUCAAGAGGGUAACUGCUUCGAGGAAAAUCCCAAAGCUUUUCUGAUCGAAGAAGUGGCAGUGGGACAGACCUACGAACUCGUGUUCACGACUCGCGGAGGCUUGUACCGUUACCGAAAUGGCGGCGUGGUCGAGGUUGUGGACAUGCAUGAGAAAUGCCCAGUUAUUCGGUUUAAGUACAGGUGAGAUAGUACAUGCGUUCAUGGAAGUCACUACAAAAAGAGGCUUCAGGCAUUAGCAAAAGACGCGUGUGCUAUUAUUUCCAUUCACAGCCAAUCAGUUCUGCUACGCCAUAGCCUGAAAGCAUUCAUAAGGAUAUCGUGGUUUGUCUUUUUAUUUU